AUGAGCGACACUAACAAUAAUAUCACUCAGCAGCAGCAGCAGCAGCAGCAGCAGACGGAUGUGAUAAUGUCGACCAUUUACAAGAAUUGCUUUCCCGAAGUGAGCGAUGCAUUUCUAGAGAAAUUGGUAAAGGAAAUCGCAUUAUCAACUGGAGUGCAAACAGUGAUGAUUCAGCGACUCUUGACCAGCAAAGAAUACUACGAUUUAAAGCAUAACGAAGGAUGUCCAUAUAUCAAUGUUAUCGAUCAUAACCAGCAUGAUGAAAAUAGUCAAAGUCGUGAAACAUCUCCAGUCGAAGCAGAAUACACAAAGAAUAAAAAGGAAUACAUGCUGAUCAAGGCAUGUUACUCCAAUGUCAAUCACAAUGCAUUAUCCAAACAUUCAGCUGUGCCAAUAUCAUUCCUACAGCCAAACUCACCGCACAUUCAAACAAUUCACCAAGAAAAUUACGCAGUGAUCGCUCAGUUCAAUUCCGUAUACCCACCUUUCCAAACAUUUAUUGGUACGAGAUUAGAUCAAGAUCAAACGCCAAUUGGUCUGAUGUCGAUCAUGGACGAUAAGCCAUUGAAUCCAGCUCAAUUGCGCCGUAUGCAACAAAUAUUACUAGCUGUCAAGACAAGAGUGCGGAACGAAAUUGAGAGGACUAGACAAAGAGAACAACUGGUCAUGGUGAAGAAUGCAGCUAUCAAGGAUGCUCAGGGCAAAAUCAAAUUUCUAGCUGACAUGAGUCAUGAAAUUAGAACACCAAUGAAUGCCGUGAUCGCUCUUACUGAUCUGUUGCUUCAGGAAAGAGCGAUGCUCAACGAAGAACAAACAGAGCAUUUGGAAGUGAUUCAAACAAGCGGUAAUCAUCUUUUGACCGUUAUAAAUGAUAUUUUGGACAUCUCAAAGAUCAAUCACGAUCCCAAAUUCAAACUGGAGCAAAGAAGAUUCAGUAUAAGAAAAUGUGUCAAAGAUGCCCUGAACAUGGCUCGUCAUCAAGCCUCCAUGACUCAAUACAAUAAGCUCGUUUGUGUUGCAGAAUGUCCCCCUGAUAUCAAUGAUAACAUACCUUUGAAUCAGUUGAUAAAUCAGCUCGAAUUAAAUCAAGUCCUCGUACGCUUCGACACGGAGAAGACUGUAUUACCUCUCUUAUGGAAGAUUGAUUCUGAUGUACCCGAUUAUCUAACAGGUGAUUCCAUGCGAUUAACGCAGAUACUGCUGAAUUUAUGCUCGAAUGCUGUCAAGUUCACAAAGAAAGGUGGUAUUCGUGUCAAGAUAUCAGUUCACGCAUUUCCUGGUGGCCCACCAAAACCCAACGAAGAUUGCAAGUCUACCAACUUUAAAGAACGUUACGAUGCUAAAAGUGAAAGCAUUUACUCCCGUGCUACGCAGCAAAAGAGGGGAAACAACAUGAACAGCGCUGGCGCUCCUUAUUACUACGAAGAGAAUGAAGAAGAUCCUGGCACCACAACUGAAGAAGACAUUGAUGCUUCCGAGAAGGUGGUUCUUGAGAUAUCUGUAACUGAUACGGGUAUUGGCAUGCCUGCUGAUCGACUUCCAAGGCUGUUCAAAUCCUUUUCUCAAAUAGACAUAUCCACUGCUCGACGCUAUGGUGGCACAGGUCUUGGUUUAGCAAUUUCAAGUAUGCUUGUGAAUAGAAUGGGCGGUGGUCUUUGGGUUGAAUCCGAAGAAGGAUUGGGGUCGAGGUUUGCCUUGACUUUGCCUUUAUCUGUUGCCUCCAAGAGACCGCCUUCCAUCACAACCUCUAGUUUUGGUCAUGUCUCAGAAAGCAGCAGCGCGUACACUAGUAGUGGCAUGAUUGCCUCACCGCCAUCGCCAGGGUCCUCUGUAUCAGAUGGUGGCUCUAGUGUAGGCGAGCAACGCAGUAAUAUCGAAGCCAACGGGAACAUUAUCAAUACAAUUGCCUCUUCACCGUCCAACUCAACCGGAUAUUUCACUACCAACACCAACAACAACAGUAGCAGUAAUAGCAACAAGCAUAUAAACAACCAGACUAGUUUUCCUUGGGAACACACCACUAUACCCUCAACGCCAUCGCCUUCGUCUAUCUCUUCAAACGAUCAAGGCAUCAAUAUUUAUUCAAACACAAAUGUAGACUCGCUCAUUUCCAACAAUAAUGCUUUCAGCAACCCAUCCAAUCCUCUCACAAGCAACAUUAGCCUCACUAUGAAUAUCAGCAAAGGGCUACAAAACAUGUUGUCUAAAUCUCAUGAGCUACCAACUGAAUCACCUAUAAACAAUCCUAAUAACAACAACACACUUAAUAACAACAACAACAUCACUAAUACCACUACCAUGACCACCACCACCACCACCACCACUAACAACAACAACAACAACAACAACACAACAGCCUCUACUCCACAGCAACAGCCCAAGCAACAACAAGUGAAGGAUCCAAAACCAACGAAUUCACCUAAAGCCGCCAGAGCAACCAUAUCCAAACACCAUCGCAAAUCGCAUAGCAUUGGCCAUGAAGAAAACCUUGCCUUAUUGUAUCCUAUCAAGAUUUUGCUGGCCGAGGAUAAUGUUUUAAACCAAAAGAUUGCAGUGAGCAUACUGAAGCGCUUGGGAUUCCAAGAUGUCAUCAUUGCAGGCAAUGGCCGUGAAGUAUUAGAAUUAAUGCGUGUACAUACAUUUGAUGUGAUCUUUAUGGAUCUUUACAUGCCUGAAAUGGAUGGAUUAGAGGCCACUCGCUAUAUCAUAUCCGAACGCAAGCAUAAUGUACCACCACCACCUAUUUUGCCUGAAAAUGGCCAGCAGCAAAAGCCGCUUUUGAAUGUCAAUGAUGUCUACAUUAUUGCAUUGACAGCGUCUGCCUCGAAACAAGACCGUCAGAUCUGCAUUGACGCAGGAAUGAACGAUUUCAUUAGCAAGCCAUUUACCAUGAUGGAGAUGAAAUCAGCACUGAAAAACUGUGCUAGCAAAAGAAAGAAGCGUAAAAAACAACAGCAACUAAGCAAUGAAAAUAAAGAUUAA